AUGCAACGACCCCCUUUAAGGGUGAAUGUUUGUGAGCCCUCUUUAACAGCUCUAGGGGACUCAGAUUUCUUUCCGCCACCCCCUCUGCCUGUUAUUCCCCAGGGGCAGUCUACUCGGUCUGCACAGCUUAGUUGGCCCAGGCCUUUGAAGUUAUCUAGUCCUCCUAAUGAUGAAUUCCCUCUUGGGACAGGGGCUAUUUGCCCUCCCAGGCAUAGUGCCUUGCAGCUCUCAUUAGCACAGGCUGAUCAAAGAGGGGAGGAUAUUUCUGGUUUUCAUUUAUUUCCUGUAUUGGAGGACCAAAACCAACAAAGAACUCACCAACCUAUUCAAUUUAAACAAAUAAGAGACUUGAAAAACGCUUGCGCUCAAUAUGGACCUACAGCUCCAUUUACGCAGGUAAUUUUGGAAACAUUGUCCACUGAUGCUUUUGAUUGGAAACAAUUAGCCAGAGCUUAUCUUAGUGGAGGAGAUUACUUGUUGUGGAAGUCUGAAUUUGUGGAACAGUGUCAGGCCACAGCAGAGGUUAAUAGGGCUAAUAAUAUACCUACUACUUUUGCAAAGCUUGCUGGGGAAGGUGCUUAUAAUGACAUCCAUACCCAGUUAAAUUACCCUGUGGGCGCAUAUGCUCAGAUUAAUGCCACUGCUAAGCGUGCCUGGAAGAAACUUCCUAACUCUAAUAAGACUGAGGAUCUUUCUAAAAUUAGACAAGGACCAGAUGAACCUUAUCAAGACUUUGUCUCUCGGUUACUAGAGGCAACAAGCCGUCUCAUCCAAGAUGGGGAUGCCGGUAUGGUUCUUGUAAAAUUGGCAUAUGAAAAUGCUAAUGCAGCUUGCCAAGCAGCCAUUAGACCACUUAGAAAAAAAGGAGGAAUAACUGAUUAUAUUCGGCUCUGUGCUGACAUUGGCUCAUCCUAUAUGCAGGGCCUCACACUGGCUGCUGCACUUCAGGGACAAACCAUAACUGAAUUCCUCCGCUCUCCCCAGGGAGGCAAAAAUGGAGGAAGAUGUCCCCGAAUUGCAGGAUCUCCUGGCAGCUGUUUUUCUUGCGGCUAA